GCAACGUCAUUCGUGCCACGCGUCCGGCACAUGCGCACUUAUGCGAACCAUCAUGGCGGCUUCCUUACGAGAAAAACAGACAGCUGCGCUGAAGCGCAUGUUGAACCUCAACCAGGAGCCGUCUAGAAGUUCUGCAGUUGAACCUGUUUGGAAGGUCCUUGUGUACGACCGUUUUGGCCAAGAUAUCAUCUCCCCUAUCCUGUCAGUACCAGAGCUGAGGGAUAUGGGAGUCACCCUACAUCUGCUUCUCCAUUCCGAUCGUGAUCCUAUCCCAGAUGUGCCGGCUGUGUAUUUUGUCAUGCCAUCAGAAGAGAAUGUGCAAAGGAUAUGUCAGGAUUUGCGGAACCAGCUGUAUGAGUCGUACUACCUGAACUUCAUCUCGGCAGUGUCACGACAGCGUCUGGAAGACCUGGCAUCAGCGGCACUUCAGGCUGGCACUGUCCCUCAGAUAUCCAAGGUCUUUGAUCAGUACCUGAACUUUAUUACUCUGGAAGAUGAUAUGUUUACACUCAGGCACUCCCAAAACAGAGAGGCCAUCUCAUACUAUGCCAUUAACAGAGGAGACGUUCAGGACUCUGAAAUGGAAGCUUCCAUGGAUGCCAUUGUGGACAGCCUAUUCUCAGUAUUUGUAACAUUAGGCACAGUGCCCAUCAUCAGAAGUCCGCGUGGAAAUGCUGCAGAGAUGGUGGCAGAGAAACUGGACAAAAAACUACGGGAGAACAUCAGGGACUCCAGGAACAGUUUGUUCACUUCGGACAGCCUUCAGGCCGGUCAGUUCAGCUUCCAGAGGCCACUACUGGUCAUCCUGGACAGGAACCUGGACUUGGCCACGCCACUGCACCACACAUGGACAUACCAGGCUCUGGCACAUGAUGUGUUGGAUCUACAGUUGAAUAGAGUCUCGGUAGAAGAACCGGCAGGUGAGAAGUCUCCACAAGGUGCCAGGCCCAAGAGGAAGGCCAAGAGUUACGAUCUCAACUUCACCGAUAAAUUUUGGCAAUCACACAAGGGCAGUCCCUUUCCUGAGGUGGCUGAGGCUGUUCAGAGGGAGUUAGAAGAAUACAGGUCACAAGAGGAUGAGGUCAAGCGACUGAAAAGUGUCAUGGGUCUUGAGGGAGAAGAUGAAGGAGCUAUCAGCAUGUUGUCAGACAAUACUGCAAAGCUUACAUCUGCUGUAAGCUCUCUACCAGAGUUAUUGGAGAAGAAGAGGUUGAUUGACAUGCACACAAACAUAGCCUCAGCACUGCUGGAUCACAUUAAGGUGCGUAAACUGGACGUGUAUUUUGAGAUGGAGGAAAAAAUGAUGAGCAAGCAGUCACUGGACAAAUCCCUGAUGGACAUGUUCUCUGAUCCUGAAGCUGGUAGUCCUGAGGACAAGAUGAGGCUGUUUAUCAUCUAUUUCAUCUGCAGUGCCCAGACCAUGUCUGAUGCUGAAAUUGACCAGUAUGCUGUAGCUCUCCAAGCUGCAAACUGUGAUCUGGCACCACUACAUUACAUUAAAAGAUGGAAGGCUUUUACCAAGAUGACAGCAGCACCCAGUCAGUAUGGUGGAGGAGGGACCAAAACAAUAAGCAUGUUCUCUCGACUGAUGAACACAGGAUCAGAAUUUGUUAUGGAGGGUGUCAAAAAUCUGGUGGUGAAGAAACAUAAUCUUCCAGUGACCCGAGUUGCUGAUGCUCUGAUCGACAACAAGUCCUAUCAGGACACAGAGGACUACAGAUACUUUGACCCCAAAAUGCUCAGAGUUACAGACAGCUCAAUACCUCGUAACAGGAAUCCAGUGCAGGAGGCCAUAGUGUUUAUAGUUGGAAGUGGGAACUACAUUGAGUACCAAAACUUAGUGGACUAUGUCAAGGGCAAAUCUGGUGGCUCUAUCAAGAGAAUCACAUAUGGUUGUUCAGAGUUGUCCAAUGCCAUGUUGUUCCUUAAACAGCUGGCCAAGCUAGGAUCUGAGCUACAUUAGCAGUGUGGUCUACAGAGUACAAAACCAAGGCUCUAGAAUCUUAUUCUACAAAUGAGACAAACAUCAGACAACAUGACAAAACAAGUCCUGUAUACACACUCAAGUCAUCCCUACAGGCACAGAUGGAUGUACAAUUUUACCUGUGCCUGAAGUUUGGUCAGUUAUCUGAAAGUUAUAACAUUAAGUUAAAUGUAGGCAACUGUCUUUUUCUGCAGCCGACCAAUGAUGAUGUUUGUCUUUGUAUGAGGCUUUACAUUUUGAUCUUCAAAACAAAUUUAAAGUAUUUAAAGAUUUUCCUGAGUUUCAAACUUUAAUUUCAUCUUUCAUAGCAAAUCACAUUAUCUUUAGUGAAAAAAUGUUGUCCACAAGUAUUCUGUUCUGUUCAGCUACAGUUACAGGUCUAGAAUUGUGACAGUACCUAAAUAAUUAAAAAUACACAGCCUAAGUUUACAACCAAGUGACUGUGAGAUAAGAAUUGUCUGCCAUACUAGAGGGCUGGAGCUGCCAGCUAAAUUUGAAUUUGUUAAUACCAGACAUGUACUUAAAUUGAGAAAAUUACCAUAUACAAAAUGCACAUGUACAUGCAGACUGUUCAACCAAGUAGCAUGGCAUCUGUGACAUCACACAUCACAUAAACCCUGUUCAGACGAAACCGGGGGAAUCACAAUUUGGGUAAAUCCAAUACUUCACAUCUGGCCCAGGUUCACACAUUCCUUCGAAAUCGUGUUCAAGCAUGAUUUGGCUAAACUACAAUCAUUGCUGUUUGAUGAAAAUAAGUUUUAGACCCUGCUUGCUGCCCCCCCCCCCCCAAGCAAACCUUGGCCGAUUGCCGAUGUGGUCCCGCCAGACACAGUGAAGCUCGCCCUAAAUAGGCACAUUAUUCGGUCAGUACUGCUCUUUUAGUUGCUGCCGCAUACCUUUUAGUAUUACAUAUAAUUUAAAAAUAUAAGUAAAUAUCGUCCCGUAGUCCAUGACAAUAUGUAAAGUAAACAGGUAAAGUACAUAGUCACAUUGCAUUCAGACUGAAGUCAGAAUGCAUUGAAGCCAGUUGGAAACUACCUCCUGAGGUGGUUUGGGAUUGAGGCACUUUCGAUGCAAUAUGGAGCGUUCAGAAGGGGCCACUUGAAUCCACCUUCUGUGGAAUGCACAUCCAAUGCACUUUUACGGCUUUCAUCUGAACAGGGCCAUAAAAAUGCCCUAGUCUUUAUUUAUCAUAUUAGUACAUUCUAAACAUUUUUGUUUAAAAUGCUAGUACUGCCUUGCAUCAUCACACCUGUACAUGUACAUGUACAUACAAGUCUCUUCACUUAUACACAUUUGUACACAAUUGAUUUGGUCAGCAUUGUUGAAAGCAUUGUAGGAAGACACCAUGGGUAUUACAAGAAUGUGCACAAUCUGAAAUACAGACUGCGAGACUUAUUAAGGAUUUUGCAGACUUACCCCAUUAAUUACUGUAUAUGUGUACAUGUACAACCAAAUGUCAUGGUAAACCGGACAAUACUUGUCUGGUGUAGGACUUCCACUUGACCUGAUUGUUGUUCAGUCAUAUUAUAAUCAAUUACUAUUGUCAUGCUGACUACAGGUUGAUAAAUUGUAGAGCUGGAUACAGAAGCAGGAAGGAAAAUGUUUUGUUGUACCAAGGAUGUUAAAAUCAACAAGAUGAUUAGUUUAAUAAAAGAUUUCACUCCAAUAAUAAAAACUUGAAAAUUGGAAAUGA